CUUACGUCACUUCCGUAAACACAAGGCUACUGUAAUGUGGGAUUUGUGUGCCGGGUGUCUUUUGUCAAUGUUGUUUUUACCGUCAUUUAUGCAUCCUGAACGUAUACGAUGUCUCAUCCUGAAUCCUCCUGUACGACCUCACAUGACAUAGAAAACCCUUUUGUGGGUGAGAAUGGAAGAACCGAGGAUGGCUCUGCUGACAGAGAGGCUAGCAGCCCAAACGGAAGUGUGAAGGAGCGUGUCUUAAAGGAGGUAGGAUUCACCAGCUCCGCAUUCAUUGGUCCAGCAUUUCCUCCAAACUCAUCCACAAUCAAGUCUGACUUUGAAGACACACUGAGCGAGUUUUACAAAGAGCUUGAGAAGAUUGAUACACCCGAUGGUGCUGAGGAUAACCCAGGGAAACAAAAUGCAAGUGUUGUUCAAUCACCUCCCAAAACAUCUACCAGCAAAGAGACUCAGGAUGUGAGCGAGGAGAAAAUUGUUCACGCAAGCAAAUCUGCAGAAACAGAUGGCUACCAGAAAAGCAGUGGGCAGAAACAGUCAUCCUGGUCACACUGGUAUCAAAAUGAACCAUACUGCCCAAGAAGACCGAGGCCAGCUGCUCCUACUCAAAAUCAGUGGCAUUGUCCUCAAACACCAAACAGACCACCAGACCCAAGAUUUAACAGACCCCCAUUCCAUCACCCGCCGCCCCCAUCUGCAUUCCCAAAUCCACAAAACCCACCACCACAUGUGAAUCAAAACUCGAGCAGUUCAGGCACGACAAACCAAUAUAAAGAGGAGUCGCAUUUUCCAACAUUUUCUAGGUUCCCGCCUCCGAAUGUAUGCAGUCCCCCCUCUCAGGGCUUCUAUGGAGAUCCUCCACAUCACUUCAGCAGGGAAGAGCAGGGUCAUAGCCACAAUAUACACUCAAAUAAUGUAAAUGUUGGGUGCUCCAGAGCUGGAAAAGAAGAAUGGUGUCAGUUUGGUGAAGAUAAUGACAGGCUCCAGAGAUUUGAUUCAGAAAGUGAAUCAUGGGAGCAUCACAGACGACCCACUGAUAACAGUAAUGCCUACCAUUCUUCCUUGGUGCUGAUCUUGAUGAGGGGAUUACCAGGAUCUGGGAAGUCAACAUUGGCCAGGGAGCUGCUCUCCACUGGUCCCAGUGGGCUAAUACUGAGCACUGAUGACUACUUUGCUCACAGAGACGGCUACCGCUAUGAAGCAGGGCUUCUGGGAGCAGCACAUGAAUGGAACCAGAAGAGAGCUAAAGACGCUAUGCAUGAUGGUCGAUCUCCCAUCAUUAUUGAUAAUACAAACCUUCAGUCUUGGGAAAUGAAGCCAUAUGUCGAAAUGGCCUUGAAGAGAGGAUACAGAGUGGACUUUUGUGAACCAGACACACACUGGAAGUUUGAUCCUUAUGAGCUGGAGAAGAGGAACAAGCACGGUGUUCCACAGGACAAGAUCACACAGAUGAUGGAUCGUUUUUCAUUUCCCAUAUCUGUAGACAUUGUCAUGAGGUCACAAGAGCCGCCUCACAUAAACCAGAGACGUCGACCAGACCAGCCACAGAUGAUGAGGAGAAAACAGGAUUUCCAUUAGUUUUUCACAGAAAUUUAACAAGCCAAAUGAAGAACCACACUUUUGUAAUGUUGUUAAUAUUGUUGCCUGCUCUUUUUACAGUAUUUUUUAAAUUAAUUAUUUUGUUUGCUGUAAAUUUAUAUAAAGAAAGAAGAAAUCUUUUUCUGAAGAAGUUUUCAUAGUUAAAUAAAGUUAAAUUUGCACAAAUAA